GGGCUAUGUGCAAACCUCGGCAGACGAAGAGGGGGCAAGAAUCUCCCCUCUCUCCUUCCUCAUCUCCGGCGAGGCCCCGACCCCGCACCCCACGGCGGCCGGAGGCGAUGGCGAGGAAGGGCGUGUCGUACGUGACGGCGGCGCAGCUGGUGUCCAUGGUCAGCGACCCGCGCGUCGCCAUCAUCGACGUCAGGGACGAGGAGCGGAUCUGCGACGCGCACAUCGCCGGGUCGCACCACUACGCCAGCGACGGCUUCGCGGACCGGCUGCCGGAGAUCGCCGAGGCCACCCGGGCCAAGGACACCCUCGUCUUCCACUGCGCCCUCAGCCAGGUCGGUGCGCGGUCCAUCUUGUGCAAGAAUGUUCCUGGACUAUUUAUCAGAGGCCAAGGAAGAGUCAGCGGUGAAGAGCAUCACGGUCCUCGAGCGUGGAUUCAACGGAUGGGAGCUUUCAGGGAGAGCUGUUUGCCGCUGCAAGGAUGCUCCUUGCAAGGGUGUAUGCUCUUGAAGUAUUGAGUAAUUCAUGUAAACACACAUGAUGCAUUUUUCAACUGCAGGGGAUUACAGGCUAGCCAUUCAUAGUUGAUUACUUCUAUAGCACACAUUGAAAUGGCAUAUCUCAGUUGGGUGGACCAGUAAAGACAUUGAAUAACAGUCACUAUAUGCCAUGUAAACUGCAAACCUUAUUGGCAAUUAUUGAAAAUGCUUCUCUUCCACC